AUGGGUUGUGAUUUAGGAACAACCAACUCUUGCGUUUUCAUUCGCGAGGGUGAAAAGUAUAAAGUAGUUGUUAAUGAUAAAGGAAAUAAUACCACCCCCUCUGUGGUUCUUUUUGAUAAAGAGGGAAAGGUAGUGACGGUCGGAAAAGAUGCUAAAAAGGAGGCAACGCUCAAACCUGAAUUAGUGGUUUUCGAAGUGAAGCGGUUGAUAGGAAGAAGAUUUGACUCUCCAGAAGUGCAAGAGUUUCGCAAAAUUGCUCCUUUUAAGAUUAUCCCUGGAAAAAACGGCGAUGCGUGGGUUAAAGUAGGAGAAAAGGAAUAUUCUCCGCAACAAGUUUCAGCUUUUAUUCUCCAAAAAAUGAAACAGAUCACUGAAGAUCACCUGGGAAGGUCUGUUAGAAAUGCAGUAAUUACUGUGCCAGCUUAUUUUAAUGAUGCACAGCGGCAAGCCACAAUUAGUGCGGCGGUUAUCGCGGGAUUUGGCAAUCCUAAGGACUUAGAAGAGUCGCGUAAAAUGAUUAGGAUUAUUAAUGAACCAACUGCCGCGGCUCUAGCUUAUGGGGUUGACAAAAAGGCAAAACUUCAUACUGUGGUAGUUUUUGACCUUGGAGGAGGAACAUUUGAUAUUUCGAUUAUUGAAAUUAAUGAAGGAUUGUUUGAAGUAAAGGCAACCGCCGGAGAUACUUAUUUAGGGGGUGCUAAUUUCGAUCAAAAGAUUGUUAAUUGA